AUGUCCUCUAAGAAGGAUCAACUGAUUCAAGAAAACGAUGGUAAUCCCGUCGAUCAUCUCGUCGUCAUUAAGGAGGCGUACACCAACAAAGGGAUGGGUGAAAUUCAGGAUCCGGUGAUCAGAGAGGUCAUUGAGAUGGUGGAAUCUCAAAAAGAAGCUUUUCUAGCUUCUCAGCAGCCUCUUUCUGACGACGAUUCUACGGGUGCUUCGAACAACAUGUCCCGACUGCAAAUCAACGAGCUGGUUGAAAAGGCGGUCCCUAAAAAAAAAGGGUCGUUUGGUAGGGUUGGCCCGUCGUGCUUCUUCAUGUCCGACUUCUUCAUCUCAAGUCCCGUACGCCGAUCCAUUGAUUCUAGAGCAGCUACAGAACAAGGAUCAACGGAUUGGAGCAUUGGAGGAGCAGAAUGCUACAAUCCUUGCUGAGUUGGCAGAUCAGAAGAAGACCAACCUCGAGAUAAUGCAGAAGUUGGAUCGUUUGUUCCCGGAUCAGUAGUUUUUUUUUUGUUUUUUAAUUUAAAACUUUCUAAAUUUUUUUUUUCAGU